AUGUCCACAUUUCAUACGUCUAUGACUCUGUCUCCCCCUAUACACACCUCGUCUCUCGCCCGGGACCUUCGUUUACCUCGGACUCUGGACCAGGCCGCCCAAGCUCCUGCGUCUAUCUCUAAAACCAUACCCCUAAGCACCUUGACUACCACGGUUACUACAACCACCACAGUAACCACAGCCACUACUGUCACCGAAACCGCUAUAACCACCGGUAUUGCUACCUCUCUCGCCGCCGCCUCCAGUGCCAUCAUUGAGGCUUUCUGGAUGGCUUUCAGCGUGGGAAUCACUAUCACCAUCCUUGGGAUGCCUUUGCUCUUCUUGCUGGUGGGCCGGCACCACGGCUUAGAGGCUGGAAAAGCCAUGGGAUGGAAAGAUGGGUGGAGAGAGGGGCACAAUGAAGGAUGGGUAAAGGGGGGGGAUGCCGCAAAGGCUGUAGGAUGGAAAAAAGGGUGGCGAGAAGGACACAUUCUAGACCGAGGUGUUCCGGCGGAGACAUAUAACUCCUCCUUCAAGAUGACGCCUCUUCACUUGGCUUGCCACUUUCAUUACGAACAGGUUGGUCAUGUUGUUCUGGCACAUGGCUGCAGGUGA